AUGGAGUCAAAGUUGCAACCACUAGACUGUGAGGCAUGCCUAGGAAUUGUGUACGACCUUGCCUAUUACAAGGACAAGCAACUGAUGGAGCAUGUUCAAGCUACCCAUAUAAAUCCAGCCCUUUGGAUCAUUAUUGUAGGUCGUUUUGGAGUCGUGAGGCCAAAUAUCACGUUGAUUGUUAUGAGGACACGGAGAUCUAGCCAGCUGAGACGUCUUAGAGUGGUAAUUUUCCAUGAUUUAUCAACUGAAAGUUUGAAUGUAGUAGUCAAAAAACUACCAUUACUGGAAGAGUUACAUCUUUACUACACCUACAUUGACAAAGAAGCCAUCGAAACCAUUGGUUGCUGUUGCCCACUUUUGAAAUCAUUCACAUAUAACCAGAAAUGGUUUCCACUCUAUCCCAUGGAGAAUGAUGAUGAUGAGGCACUAGCUAUUGCAAAGAACAUGCCUGGAUUACGCCAUCUUCAACUCUUAGGAAAUAUAAACAUGCCUGGAUUACGCCAUCUUCAACUCUUAGGAAAUAGUAUGACAAAUAAUGGCUUGCAAGCGCUUAUUGAUGGUUGCCCUCACCUUGAUUCACUUGAUUUGCGACAAUGCUUCAACAUCGAGCUUGAUGGGGAUUUAGGGAAAAGAUGUUCAAAGAUAAAAGAUAUGAAGCUUCCUUUCAACCCCACUGAAGGCUAUGAAUUUGAUACUUCACUUGGCGAUAUGGAGCCACCAGAUGAUACAUUUGAGGAUUUUUGGUGGUGA